CAUAACGCGCUCUCUCAAGAGUCAUCAACUGAGGGCGCUGACAACCUUCCAUUCAUGUUUCCGACGGCAACCUUCUUGCCUCAACUCCGCAUCUUUCUCUGACGAAAUCGGGUCAAUAUGAGGUAGCUCAGGAAGCUUCACAGACGUGAUCGGGCUCUUGAAAACGUAGACGAUGGCCAGAGCUGUUGCGCCCGCUGCCCUUGUCGCAACUCUACUAGGCCUAAUAUCGUUAGUGAACAGUGAUGGCGCUGUAGAUCGGCAAUUAGCACAGCAACACGGCGGGAGCGCGGAGCAGCCUGUGCCCUUCGCCUACUGCAAGCCUUUCCUCGAGCGCCUGUCGCCGAACGACCAGCAUCAGCUACGGGAGUCAUACCAGCAGUAUCAUGGUGCCUACGCGCGCUUUAUGCGCGCGGCGCGCAACCACGAGGCCUUCCAAAAGGGCCCAGCGACAUGGAUUGAAGACCCCGGGCUCCGCCAGGGCUGGAACGUCACGUACCUGGUGGGCAACAACCUAGAGAACCUCACUCGCGCCAAGGACGACGCGGAGACGGUGAUGAAGAACAUGGAGAGCCGCAUCAAGGCCCAGCUGACGCAGCUGGAGGGGCAGAACAGUCUGCCGGCGGGUACACAGGUGGACCAGCUGUCGCCCUGCAUCAUGCGCAAGAUCUAUCCCUCGCAGUUCCCUGACCAGCCUGUGGUGUCGCUGCUGCUGCGCCUGCGCGGCGAGGUGGCGGCCAGUGACUGGCCGCCGCCGUCCGUCAACGGCACCAAGGAGCCGCCCACAGGCUUCAAGGGGACAGACGCCGUGUCCGCCUUCAUCCGGCGGGCCCAGGCCUGCAGCAAGGUGGCGCCCACAGAGCUGCUGGUGAUGCUGAGCGGGCCGGGGCCGCUGCUGCAGGCGUCCACAUGGGCAUGGCAGUCCUGGCAGACGGAGGGCUUUGUGGUCCCGCUUCUGGACACGCUCGACCGCGAGGCCGCGGGUCUGAACCGGCUGGCCUCUGUGGCGCGCGGACAGCUGCUGGUGGCGCUGCGGGCGGACCGGCCGGGCGUGGAGGACCUGCUGCCUGCGGGCGCGGCAGGCGGCGAGCACGACUGCGCCUGGCUGCAGCGCAUUGUGACGCUGUACCACCGCAUCCCGCAGCUGGGCGCCAUGGCCCACGGGCGCUACUCCUUCUCCCACCCCGCCAACGACGGCUCGCUGCGGCUGCUGGCGGGCGGCAUCGGCGGCGGCCCCGCCAAGAACAACAUGUGGUGGCUGGAGCCCAUGACGGCAGUGCCCUUCCAGUACGUGCUGUACGGCGACUUCUCGCCCAUGUCCUUUAGGCGGAGUGCGCUUGAGGAGGUGGGCGGCUUCGACGAGGAUCUGCCGCAGGGCGACGAGCCGUGCAGCAGUAUCAUCCGCCGCGAUGUGUCCGUGCGGCUGUGGAAGAGCGGCUGGCGGGUGGGCGCGCACGAGGCAGGCAUGAUGCAGCAGCCCGCUGUCAACCCCGCGGCGGCGCAGGCGUCUGACCCAACACGCUGCUCCUCCGACGUGGCGGCGCUGGCCUCCCAGCUGUUCGAGGCCCGCCACGCGCCGCCCGGCCUGCCGGCGCCCAGCCCCAUGGACGCGCUCAUGUCGCGGGUGCGCGAGCUCAACAUGGGGCCGGGCCUCAAACCCAUCGACGCCGCGGCGCUCACGUCCGGCUGCCCCAUGGCGCAAGGCUGCGCACCCUAGCGGCGGGCUAUCGCCGGACGCGGGUGUGGGUCGGCGACUGCUGACACACCAGCCGCAGCGGCAGCAGCCACAUCAUAUGUGUUUGUGCUAAUGGAAGACCUGCGACCGCCGCAGGCGCAUAGGAGAGGGACAACUCGCCCCCAUAACACAGCAGUUGCGUAGGUGUGAUACGGCCUGGACCGCAUUGCGAUGCGGGCCGAGGACCUUGCACGUGAGCGGACAACGGACCGGCGCUGUGUCUGUGUGUGUGUGUGUGGCCAGGCCUGGCACGGAAUGCGGGGCGGUCAGGUGCUGGAUGGUGGGCGCACAAAUUGUGGAGUGGGCAUGAACUGAAGUGCCCAGGUGCAAGCCCAAGGACGAAUGACACGCGGUAAUGAGGGGAGUGUGGGGAGAGGUGGGCGCGGACUGCUGCCUUUGGCCGUCUCUGGUAUGGACGGUGUUGUCAUUAGACGCUAGUGUGUAAUGCUGCAAGGUGCGCGCAUUGGGGAGCUCAGCAACUCGGCAUCCCGACCAUGAUGCGAGCUUGCAGCUAGGAAGCGUCCAGUUGAA